CGUUGGAGUGGCUCUCUGAGGUUUGAAGAGAUCAGAAAUCUGCUGAAAGCAGCCCCGCUGUUUGAUUUUGGGUCACGUGGGAAAUUCACCUGCCCAUUCCUGUUUGACAAGGUUUUUUUUUUUGGCCACGUGUUCUGGCAGCUAGAAAAGAGUUUCAAGAUUUUUUAAAUGAUUAAAUAAAGAAGAAUGCCUGCUGGGGACAAUCAGUUUAAAAUCAAAAAGUGGAACCAGCCUCAUCUUGAUAAAUGUCUGAAAGUAUAACCCAGAAUUAAACAAAUCCUGUUAUAUGAGUAUAAUAAAAGAAGUGUAAUAUUUCCUCAUCCUCUUUCGGAUCAGGGGUUUUCUGUCCGAAACUUGGAUGCAGAUCAUGAGGAAGUGUGCAGUCCCGCCCCGUCUCUGCGUCGUCUCCCCUCCGGGUGCUUUCAUUCUUCUAAAAGCCUUGCAGGGAGCAGCAUGGAGGUGCUGCUGGUGCUGUGUCGGGGCGCCUCCGCCGCGCUCCGGCACGUGGAGCCGGUGAUCGUGCUGGAGCAGCUGGGGAACACUCUGUUUGAGACGGCGCUGCAGAUGGUGGUGAAGGACCGCAGCGCCAACGCCUCCAGCGAGGCCGACCAGCAGAAAGCCAUGACGGACUUCUACCUGACCUACAACCUCAUCAUCCGCUUCGUGCCGAUCGGUCCCUCCCUGCUGCUGGCCUGGCUGAGCGACCGCGGCUGGAGGAGAGCGCCCGUGGUGGUCCCUCUGAGCGGCUACCUGCUGUCCAGGCUCCUGCUGCUGCUGGUGGUUGUGGGCGGAUUCCCGCUGGGCGUCAUGUUUGCGGCGGCGGCGCUGUUCGGCCUCACCGGGGGGUACAGCGCCUUCUGGCCCGGAGUGAUGACCCUGGUGUCGCUCCGGUCCUCAGCAGCGGAACGCUCCAAGGUGAUGAUGAGAGUGGAGCUGCUGUACGGAGCAGCAGGUCUGGUGGGCAGCUUGGUGUCGGGACAUCUGUUCCAGCUCUACACCUCCAGUCUGGGUAACGGGACCAUCCUGCUGAUUGUGAGCGUCCUGCUGCACCUGCUCUGCCUCUGCCUCGCCGCGUUUGUGCUGCAGGUGAAGCAUGUGAGCCCCGAGGAGCCAGAAGAGAACCACCGGCUCCUCUCUCCAACCUCCCACAAUGCUCCUGUGGUCGAAGGCCCGGCCAAGAUCGACAGAUUGAACGUGGCUCUGCUAUUCGUCGCUGCAUUCCUGUAUGACUUUGCAGUGGGAGGAGCUAUAUCCUUGCUAGGAUCAUUUGUCCUGAAGGCGCCGCUCAGCUGGACCGCUGCACAGGUGGGGUACGGGAACGCAGCAGGCUGCGGGAUUUUCUUCACUAGUUUCCUCGGGGUUGUGGUGUUCCGGCGCUUUGCCAGCGAGGAAACAAUCAUCCUGAUUGGAAUGCUGUCCUUCGCCUCAGGGAUUUACCUCAUGUCCUUCACCACAACAACAUCCAUGUUCUACAUCGCUCGCUCCCUGAACCUGUUUGCACUCAUCCCCAUGCCAACCAUCAGAUCUCUGCUCUCCCAGCACGUUCCUGCAUCUUUAUGUGGUACCGCCCUAACCUGUCUGCAGAUGACCCUGAAGCUCGCAGGCAUAAUCUACAUCCCUGUUUUCACUCACGUCUACCAGAAAAGUCUGGAAUGGCUCCCAGGCCUGGUCUUCCUUCUGUCCAGCAUCAUUACCGUCUUUGCCAUGAUUCCCAUUAGCAACAACUGCUGGAGGGCACUGUUGGUGUUUCAGCAUUUGCUACUAACGCCGAAAAAGAAACGCCGUUUAAACGGAAGAUUGCAGUAUUUUAGGCUGCAGAACGGCUAAAGGAAAACAUCGCCAUAGCAUCCAGGAGGAUCCGCGGUGCUUGAACCAGUGAUAUGUUCACGAGGGCGGGGGACUUCCCGCUCUGCCGAGGAACAUGGCCACUGUUGUCUGAAGCUAAGAAAAUCUAAGCUGUGCCUUCGAUGUCACUUCCUCUGGUUAAAGUGGCAAAACAACAGACUGCUGCGUCUGUUACAGAUGGUAUACAAACAGGAAAGAAUACUCCUAAAGGGUUUUCGUCACAAAGAAAGUCCCUGCUGGGCUCAAAAAAGGAAGGAAAACUGAAAAGAAACGUAUUUUUUUCACUCAUGUGGCCCAUUUUUUUAUCAUCUACUUUCAGUUUUUAUGCAUAAAAUGGUGAGUUUUUUGAUUCUUAGGUGGAUUUUUGAACUUUUUGUCUUAAUUACAGAGCUAUUUGGGUUUUUAAAGGUGGUGUGAAUCUCAUCGCCCGUUGGUGAUUCAUUUUUUUGUCUUAGCUUAAAAUAUUUGGACUUUUGCAUAUUUUUUUUUGGUUGAUUAAGCUUUCUAACAACAAUGUACUGAUGUUACACUAACUGGGCUGUUGAUUAAUACCAGAGCUUCAGGCCUUAAUGUUUCUUUACCUGCUAAAAGCACUUUUCAGAUUGGACUAGACCACCAUAACCCUUGUGCUAUCCUAGGCACUUUAACAUUGAUCAAAGAUCAGAAGAAGAGCAUAACUGUUGUAAUCCGUGAGCAGACAGUCAAAGACAAACCUUCCUGUCAUUCCAAACUCCUUUGUCCUCAAAGACUAAAGAUCAAACUUUUAUUCUCCUAAAACCAUCACAUUUUUGUUGAAUGUUAGAAAAGUUCCUUUCAUUAUGAAGUCUACAAUGAAGAUUACAAUUUACAUGUGAUUGCCCUCUAGUGGAAAUUUAGAGAAAUUACACGAGGCAGAUUUUUCAUAUUUUAGGACAUUAAAAGUCACAUUAAAACAGAUCUGUACAACUUUGCAAAAUCUAUUCACAUACCAUUGAUCGUACAUUUGAAAAUAUGGCUAAAAUAUCAAAAAAAUGCAAACAAAUUGAAAAUAAUAUUUUAGAUUUAAAUCCCCUAAAGACUAAAGUCAUUUUACCAUGCAGUAUAUAGUCAAAUCACCAUGAUGGAUUUCAUAGAUGUAUGCGCAAUGUAAUCAUAAAAUAUUAUUUGACCUUGAUUUCUAAGUCCUUUAGGUUGCUGCCAGCAACCAGUCCUUUAGAAAAAAGGUAUUUUUUCUGGACCUGCUGCUGAAGCUGGAUUGGUUGUAAAGGAUGUCUUGGGGAGUGAAAGAGUAGCCAUGAUUCCUGCCGUAAUUCAGGUACAUUCUUUGGUUCAUUUAGGUUCGCACUGUGAUGAACCACACCAGGGUUCACGUAAAUGUGUAUUGUUUUCAGGAAGGGAGUUUUCUAGAGACAAAACUUGAUUUCAGGUGAAAAAGAAUCAACCCUUUUACUGGAAAACCAUU